AUGAAUGCAGUUGUUCUCAAUGCGCCGCACGAGAUUAGUGUGGAGAAACGGAAAAGACCAGGUAUCGCCAACUCGAAAGAUGCAUUGGUCAAAGUGAUUGUCGCAGGAAUAUGUGGCAGUGAGCUUCAUCCAUAUAGAGGCCAGCAGAACACCACAUAUGGGCACGUUAUGGGCCAUGAAUUCACAGGCAUCGUCGAGGAAGUGGGGAGCGAAGUCAAGAGCUUCAAAUCCGGCCAGCAUGUUGUAGGCACAUUCUCUACAGCAUGUCUAUCAUGCUGGUUCUGUCGAUACGGCCAUACGAACCGUUGCGUGAACAGCUUAGCACUAGGCACGCAGCAAAUCGACGGCGGACAGGCUGAGCAUGUGCGAGUUCCCAACGCCGAUGGAACACUGCUACUCGCGCCCGAUGAUAUAGAUGAUGAGCUGUUGGUGCUGAUGUCGGACAUUUUCCCUACGGGCUAUUAUGGGGCAAUGCGCGCAAUCACGCAGUUCCGACAGCCAGGCGAAGGGGUGCCAGAAACGAAGCUAUUUGAGAAGCAGCCCUUGUCCGAGGCAGUGUUCGUUGUCGUCGGCUGUGGGAUCGUGGGACUCUGCGCCGUCUUGACAGCCCAUAUCAGAGGUGUCCAAAGUGUUUAUUGUGUGGAUUCUGUCGAUGACCGCUUGGAACAGGCUGCGAAGAUGGGCGGCAUACCGCUGAAGCUUGGAAGGGAUGAUAUUCCAGCCAUUGUUCGCGCAGCGACUGAUGGACGAGGGGCCGAUGCCGUAAUUGAAAGUGUGGGCAAUAAAGCUGCACUCAGGUCUGCCUUUGACCUGCUUAGACCUUGCGGGAUUCUCUCAUCUGUCGGCUUCCACCAGUCGGAACUUCCAUUCACCGGGCUCGAAUGUUAUCAGAAAAACCUCAGUAUCAAUUUCGGACGGGCACCUGUUCGUGCCGUUUUCGAGGAGGCCAUGCACUUUUUCGUGGAAAAUAAGAGUAGGUUUUCAGAAGUAAUCUCUCAUCGCCUUUCACUGGCUGAGGCCGCUAAAGGGUAUGCUAUUUUUGAUAAACAGGAGGCACGAAAAGUCGUGUUGAAGCCAUGA